ACCCGGGCCAGGUUCGGGAGUUCCUGACUGCAAUGGCUAAAUCUCCUGGCGUCCCGACACUAUGGGAUACGUCCAGGAGCCAGGGGUUAGUAGGUGGAAUCUAUCUCUGGAUAAACAGGUCUAAUGGGUAUCUAUCCCUAAGUAAUCUCCAUGGUAUCAUUGGAAAUGCUCUCAUCAAAUAUGGUUUAGGUGCCUUCGUACUAGUCCUCUUUUUCGUUCCCAACGCCACGAGCUCGUUGGUGCUCGCGUGCCCUGGCCCCUCUGGAGCAGGUGAUGAAGCUAAGGAAAAAAUGUCGGCUGCUCGGAAGGGUAUGAAGUUCUCAGAAGAGCACAAAAUUAGAAUUAAUGAAGCU